UGACGACGACGUGCUGGGCGUGGUUAACGCCCAGGACGCUCUGACAUCAAGCUAGCUGUCUGCGAUGCUAAGCUAACAACAACAAUGUGCGCCGCCUGUCAAUUCUGGAGACCGGACCGAGGGCGAUGCCUGAGGUCCCACGGCAUCAUUCUGCUCCUGUUGACGGACCUCUUCCUGCAAUGCGUCGGCGGGUAUCUGAGCUCUCCUCAUGUCGGCCAUGAACCCCCACCCUCCCCCCAUGGAGCCCAGCACGGACCUGUCAUCAGCAACCCGGUCAUCCCUGCUGCCGUAUCCGCUCUGCCCAGGAACGAGGAGGGCUCCACGGCCGAGUGCCCCAGCGCAGGCCAGUGCAGCCGGCUUCCGUCCAGCUGUGUCUGCUGCCACUACCACCACAACUGCACCUACGGCCAGCCCACCGCCUUCACCUGCAAGCCCAAGAGGGGCGUGCACUGCCUGGCCGAGUCAGGGCAGCAGCAGGCCAACUUCUCUCUGUGGGUGCCCUGUCAGUUCUGCUGGCAGCUGGAGCCCUCCCAGUACACCUGCUCCAACUCCACCGACUGCAUGACCGUGGCCUGCCCGCGGCGCCGCUACAACGCCACCUGUGAGGUGCACGACCACGUGCACUGUUUAGGCAGAAGAGUCUUCAAUAAACGGUUGUUCUGUAACUGGACCGGAGGUUACAAAUGGUCCACGGCUUUGGCUCUUAGCAUCACUCUGGGCGGGUUCGGGGCGGACCGCUUCUACCUGGGCCAGUGGAGGGAGGGGCUGGGGAAGCUGUUCAGCUUCGGGGGUCUGGGCAUCUGGACCCUGAUCGACGUGCUGCUGAUAGGGGUGGGCUAUGUGGGGCCCGCCGACGGCUCCCUCUACAUCUAGGACCCCCGCCCCCUUGUGAAAACGGUGCUGGGUGGUGCUCUUCACCACCUCCUCCUCCUCCUCAUCAUCCACCAUCUCCCGGCAUGGCUCCCUCAACAUCUAGGACCCCAGCCCCCUUGUGAAGACGGGGCCGAGUGUUGCUC